AUUUUGCGGUUAAUGAGCUGAACGGGCGUCAAAUAGUCGACAGGUGAGGUGCAGGUAAACUUGACCUCAGCUCGUUAAACUUGUGCUGCUGCUCGUACCGGAGGCGGGCGCGUGCCAGCCGUUCUCAGGUCCGUCCACAUAGUGAGCUGACAGCUUCACUAUACAACGGCACAAUGAGGAAUGCUACCGUUCGCUCGGUUUCACCUGCACUCUCCAGGUGAUGUCACAACGCGAGACCCGAGUAACAGGAUCGGGGACAUUUCUCCCCUACUUAAACCGGACAAACGGAGCGCGCAGCUGUGGAUGCGUUUUGGAGAGGGAUCCUGUCAUUCCCAUCCUUUGAGAAAAUGGCAGGUGUGUUUGCCUACGAGAGCUCUGAAGUUGACUGGUGUGAGGACAACUAUAAACAUUCAGAGAAUGUUGUGGAAUAUUUCAACACGAUGAGCAGUUUUAUAUUCUUUGUGAUCUCACCCGUAAUGCUUUACCUGCUACACCCAUAUGCCAAGGAAAGAAACCUGGCUGUGCACCUGGUCUGGAUCAUGAUGGUCUUUGUAGGUAUCUUCUCCAUGUAUUUUCACAUGACUCUGAGUUUUAUGGGCCAGAUACUGGAUGAGCUGUCAAUCCUGUGGGUAUUGGCUCUUGGCUACUCCCUGUGGUUCCCGCGCAGACACUUCCCCUCUUUUAUUAAGGACAGGAAAUCCUUCUCUCAUAUGGUCCUGAUCAUCACUGUCAUAAGCACUCUUUCCUCUUUUGUCAAACCUACAGCCAAUGCCUACGCUCUCAACUGCUUCGCCAUCCAUAUCGUCUACUCUCUGAUUGUGGAAUUAAGGAGUUGCACAGAUGAGAGAGUGCUGCGUCUGGCCUGGGCGUCCAUUGGCCUGUGGGUUCUGGCUGUCUCCUGCUGGAUUAGCGAUCGCUUUGGCUGCAGCUUCUGGCAGAAACUGGACUUCUGUUAUCUGCACGGUAUCUGGCACAUUCUGAUUGUGGUGGCCACCGCUUAUGCUAGUACAUUGGUCGCUUACAUGGACGCUAGUCUGGAGAUCCCUUAUUCCCUACCCGACCUGCAGUACUGGCCACUGAAUAACUGGUCCAUUGGGCUUCCUUACAUAGUCCUCAAAGGCACCACAAAGACACAGAAAAGAUGCUAGCAUGCACGACAAGAUGAACAGAUGCAACCUCAUAUUUGGUGCUCGGUGUAACGCUGAUUUAGGACCAUGAUUCUAGAUCAGACACUGUACGUUAUGUGAACUCUGAAGAGAAACUUGUUAUAUGAAACAAAUGCUGUGCUGAAAUUGUUGCAGUUUCUGGAACUUUCUUCAUAUUUCUCACAGAACCUGGAACUGUAGUGCGUGUGUGUGUGUGUGUGUGUGUGUGUGUGAGUGAAUGUUUCUAUGCAAGUGACUUGCUGUUGUUAUGUGAAAAUGAAUAUUUGCACUGUUGUGACAAGAUUGAAUGUAUGUACAAAACAUUCUGCAUUUUACUUGAUUUACUUUAUAUGAAUCAGAGGCUUUUUAACUGAGAAUUUUUAUAAGCAACUGGGUGAAAUUCACGGGUGAAACUUGAAUACUAAUUGUAAAAGAAAAUGUCAAUGUUCGAUUCAUAGUCUGUUCAGAGGAAGAAAAUCAUGCUGCCUGUCACUUUCUGAAAUGAUUUUCUCACAGCAAAUGGUGAAAACGUUUGUUUACAAAUGUAAUAACUGGGAUUAUGUUCAUUUUGGUGUGGCACUUUUAAAUCUUGUUAUUUUACUGUGUUUCGUUAAAAAACUUUUGUGAAAACUUAUAUUGUGUUAUUCGUUAAAACUUCUAACCUCCACCUCGGUGUGAAAUUGUGGAUAUUGAUGAUGGUGUACCGUUCAAUGACAUCACUCUGGAAAAUACUUAUGUGACAUGAAAUAAUGAUAUGUGUAUUAUUUUUAUAUAAACUAUGAUUGC